GUUAGAGAAGACCCACUUUCAAACAUAUUUCAGGAUAAACGCUCUGUAGAAUCACCCGAACAGAAUGUUCUGUUUACAGAAUUAAACGGUAUUCUUUAACAAUACCAAGUAUAUAAAUAGUAUUGUCCAUGCAAUUUAUGACGAAAACAAGCAAAAUGGCGACAGAUUUUUGACAGAAAAUGAGUAUUGCAACAUUGUUCCAGGCACGUUCGAGAUAUUCUCACGCUGAUAUGCCACUUAGAGACUUUCCUUCUAAAAAUUUGUCUCACUUCAACAGAAGCGAAAGAUACAAAAGUACAAAAAGGCGACGAAUUUUCCGGCAAGGCUCUUUUUGCCCGAUUUGCCAAGAAAUACCAACAGCUCCGAAGUUGCUAAACUGUGAACACGUUUUCUGUAAAACAUGUCUGCAGGGGCUCAUUGAUUCAGAUACAAGUCUACCAGCAUUUCGUUGUCCGGUGUGUCGACACAUCCAUUACAAACAUGUUGAGGGAGCAAACGGAUUCGAAGAUGCGUCAAUUGUAUCUGCACUUCCAUCCACCAUGCAUAGUUCUUUUUGCAGCAACUGUCGUGCGAAUUCAAGCUUUUUGUGUCCACAUUGUGGUGAUCGUCUGUGUGAAAACUGUAAAUAUCGUCAUACAAUGAAAGCAAAGAAAGAAAUAAAAUUACUGAUAGAUCAGCUGAGUGGACGGUUAGGUAAUCCAGAUGUGAACGAUGGCCAACUAGAAGAAAUCAUAGCACCUCUUCCAGAAUUUAUAAUCACUGCCAGACAAGAAAUUACGAGAAACGCACCAAGAGACGACGAACUGAUGAACAUAUGGAGGACUGCUGAAGAGUAUGUCAAUAAAAUGACAUAUCUGCCGCAUCAGGACGAACUAAUUCAAAUACCCGAACGGCUCGAUAAUAACAAUACCCCGACCAGCGAGAUAUCUACCAGACGUUUAGACAGCAACGUCAACCAUAUUGCAUACAGAGGGAGCCGUACGAAUCAAACUAUACAAAACACCAAUGCAGGUCAUUCAGACACCCAUGAUACCAGUAACUCAGUGGUAAAUGAAGGAAAUAUAAACAGUCGAGACAAUAGACGUUUAGAAUGCAACGUCUAUCUUUGUACAAGCAGAGGUAGCCAAACUCACCAAAACAGGCACAACAACGACACAAUGCAUGGAGAUACACACAGAAACAGUAACACAGUGGUUAAUCAAGAAACUACUAACAGUCGUGGCAAUGGGUACUAUAAUAACAGAUUCAGAAUCGACAACUACGAUAUCCCAACCGGCGAGGAUUUUACCAGACGUUUAGACAGCAACGUCAAUCUUUAUACAAACAGAGGGAGCCAUACGAAUCAAAAUAUACCAAACAACAAUGCAGAUCAUUCAGAUACACAUAAUACCAGUAACUCAGUGGUAAAUCAAGGAACUACUAACAGUCGUGACAAUAGACUCGACAACCACAAUAUCCCAACCAGAGAGGAUUUAGACAGCAACGUCAGUCUUGGUACAAAUAGAGGGAGCCAUACAAAUCAAAAUAUUCCCAACAACAAUGCAGUUCAUUCAGAUACACAUAAUACCAGUAACAGAGUGGUAAAUCAAGGAACCAGAAACAGUCGUGACAAUAGGACUCCCAUUAACGCUCAACCUUCAGUUAGUGAACCUUCGUAUGGAGCGUGUUUCUCGAUUUUGGGUACAGUGCGAGAUGAAUCUGUAAGCACACUGCGACAUAAAUAUAUUGUGCCAAUAGGUGUUCUUCUUCUUUUGCUCGGUGUCGGCAGGAUUAUCUUCGGAAUACUUAUCGCCACUGUUAUAGACAAAGCAGAAUUCGAGAAACAAAGCCGAAUGAUUACAGCAUUCAUCAUUGUAAAAGGAAUAACAGGAGUGUUGUUCUGGUCUCGGAUAUUGUACAUGUAUCGAAGGACGAACGGGCAGCAUAAUGAGUUUCAGAGCACGUUUGCAUUGUUAUUAUCAAUUUUCAACCUUGUUUGGAUGAUUUUAGGUACGGUAUGGGUGUUCGAUGUGUCGCAUCUACAGAGGGAGCAUUACACAGUGUUGUCAGUGCUUCAACUGAUAACAGUUAUAGACUGGGCUUUAUUUGGAUUUUUUGUGUGCUUCGUUUCUCUGAAAGCUCUUCGGAAAAUACAUGAAAACUGUUGUAGAAGAUACCCAAAUGUAGUUGUUUAAAUUAAGAUUUUUUCAGACAAUUUAAGAGAUAUUCAGGUUUUUACAUGACUAAAUAUAUGUUUGCAUAAACAUUAUAUAUGUAUCUUAUAAAAUGGUUGAUUGUUACCAUGUUUUGAAAUUGCGAAUCUUCUUUAUCCCAAAAUACUUUACUAGUUUCAUAAAAUACACAAUUAUUUUAUUACUAAUACGCAUUUUAAAAAUCCAUGUGAGUGUUAAAGGAUGAUGUUGCCCUCAGAUACAGAUACACUAAUUUUAAUAUUUUUACUAAUAUCAGAACGGGAGCAUGAAAAAUAACCCAUAACUAAGGGGUACGACCGGGCUAUUUGCAUGUUUAUUUGGUUAAGUACAUAUUAGAGUUGGUACCGACCCAAGAAAAUCUAAAGGCAGCAGUUCUCAAUUGACAAAUAAAAUGAAUACAACAUAAAACAUUGGUCAAAAGUGAAAGAGAAAUCAAAUAGGUCCUUUUACCAACAACGGAUCAGACAGACAAAAUAUGACCUACAUUUGUUUAAAUCUCUUUGUAUUCAAUAUACAACAUGCACACUUUUCUAUAGUUAUUUAAUAAGUUGUGGUGAGGCCCUGAUUGAAAGUUUAAUAGUACUUGAAAUUAAGGUAAAAUGAUGGAUAAAAUCCAUAAUUAUUAAAGAAAUUUUUAUGACAUUAAGAAACAUUACGUUAUGAUCUUUUAGCCAAAGUUGUUUAUUGUUCUCAAAUUACAAAAGAAAAGUUAAAUUGGUAUCACGUCUGUGUAAUAACGUAGCUAGAUUGGUAUAUUCGUCGUUUCAAUGGAUCCUUUUGAAAGUGUUUCUUACGUUUUAGGCAUUUUGAAGCUUUUUUCUUACCUUUUCAAGUGUACUUUUCAUCAAAUAAUGUAACACAAAAAAUCAUUGUCAUCAAAUAAAAUUAACAUACUAAGUAUUGUGGUAGUGGUUGUAAGUACAAUAUUUUAAAGUAGCUGAUAGGUAAUGUCUCUGCAAUGUAUUUUAAUCAAUUCAGCUUUUUCUGAAUGAAACUCUCAUGAUCAUUGCUUUCCAUGAAAAACGAAUAAAUACUGAAAAAACAUAUGUAGAUUACUUUAUUAGAAGAUUUUCGUUACAGGUCAACUACCCUAAACAACUAUAAUGUGUUUGUUUAUUGUUGAAAACAAGGUAAGCGGGUAACUUCAGAUAUCAACAUUAAUUUACAAUUUAAACUGUUUACACAACCUGAAAAAAAUGAUAGUAAAAUGGCGUAGGGGUCUGUUUACGUUAAUAACUUCUUUCAGGUAAAUUGUUGAUAUGGUUUAAGUAAGCUUAUAGUACAGAGCAUGUCAUUCUCUUUUACUCAGAUUUGUUUCACUAGUUUUAGACUCUUGGCUGGUCUUGACUUUUGACUUUAUUGAAAGACAAAAUGAAGUUCAUUUUAGGCUCUUUCAAAGCGUUGAAAGUAGACUAAACUUAUACUGUACUCCACUGAAUUUAUUUAGAUGCGGAGAAAGCUUACACGUUUUAUUCUGUAAUGAUGACACAAUCUUUAGCUGCCACAAAAUUAUUUGGCUAAGUUCACGUCGGAGCUCUAGGGAAGUGUAGGCUGUUGUGUAAAUGAUACUUUCUCCCACCUGUAAAGUAACUGACCAAUCAGAAAUUUGGCCCUGGAAAUAUGUAAAACGUUUUUUCCCUGCACGUUGAGCGCUGUGAUGAAAAGUCAAGAACCAAAAAAAACCUGCCUCGUAGCGGAGUUUGAUGAGUUCAGCUUUCCAACAAGGAAGGUACGAAUGAUGUACUAACUUACACCGUUCAAAUGGGUUAUCGUUUAUAGAGUCGGUCUCUACUCAACCCCAGAGUUCGUCGUGAACUUAGCCUUGGGUGAUAUGCAGGUGUACAAUUGGGCAGUCAUAUGUAGUGGCGCAUGUCGAGCCGAGUAAUAUAGCAUGGUCAAAUCAGGCGUUGAUAAUAAUGUGCGCAAACUAUCAGUAAUAAAUACAGAAUCAAAACAGUCCAAGACAGAGGAUUGAAAAUAAUUAAAGCCAAACCUGUGACUGUAAAUAAGUUCGCACUUAACUCCAUUCUAACACCUCAACACAUUAUCUCCCAUUUGUUUUAUCUGUCUUAAAAUACAUGUCAUUUGUGCUAAUAAAGAGUGAAUAUCAGUUAACUGA